CUGCAGAAUUCCCAUUGAGGGUGUAUGCGCCAUAUUGGCAGUCUCCUCCAUCUCACCCAACGUCGAGCAUGCAUGUCUCAAACCGGUUAUUGAGGAGAUUUCUGUAAAUAUUUACAGUCGCCUGCGAGCCGAAACCCAACACCAUGGAGGCCGUCAAAGCAUUUAACAAUGAGUUGUACUCAUUGAAUGAGUACAAGCCGCCCAUCUCCAAGGCCAAGAUGACCCAGAUCACCAAGUCUGGAAUCAAAGCUAUAAAACAGCUCUCCCAGCUCCCCCAAAGCACUGAAAGUGAAGCAGGAGGAUGGGGUGGAGAGAGUUACAAAGAGAUAAGAGAAUCCCUAACCAGCUUAGUUCUACAAGCAUGUUGUCCAGAGUGUGGAGAAGUUCAUACAGAAGUGCAAACCAGAAUACAAAGUCCCGGGGCUGUACGUCAUCGACUCCAUUGUCAGACAGUCCCGACACCAGUUUGGGACAGAGAAAGAUGUUUUCGCGCCACGGUUCAGCAAGAAUAUCAUCACUACGUUCCAACACCUCUACCGCUGCCCUUCAGAUGAUAAGAGUAAGAUAGUGCGAGUCCUGAACCUCUGGCAAAAGAAUGCGGUCUUCAAGAGUGAUAUCAUCCAGCCUCUGUUGGACAUGGCAGCAGGAAUCCCCCCUCCCAGCGUCACUCCAGUCAUGCCCAGCAGUGCUGCCCCAGUCAAUAACACUACACCUGGUACCCCAGCAACCCCAGCUACCCCAGCUAACAUAGUCCAGGGUCUCCCUGAUUGGGCAUCCCAGAUAACCAACACAGACACAGUCGCUGCUGUGGCACAAAUCCUGCAGAGUCCCCAGGGACAACAGCUGCAGCAGCUUGUGCAGAGUCUACAGAUGCAGCAGCAGAAGCCUCAGCCGUCCCUGCUGCAGGCGUUGGAUGCUGGCCUGGUGGUGCAGUUACAGGCUCUGACAGCUCAACUCACAGCUGCCGCUACUGCCAACAGCCUUAACCCCCUGGAGCAGAGGGUCUCCUCUUUUAAUAAGAAACUUCUGGGUCCUUUUGAUUUUGGGAAUGAUUCUGAGCGUGGAGAGGAAUCUAAAAAGGACACUUCAUCAUCUCAGCUGCCCAUGGUGUCAGAGCCCAUCAACAGCUCCCUCUUCCAUCAGCUGGCUGAGCAGCUACAACAGCAAAACCUAGAGCAGUUUCAGAAGCAGCUUUUAGAGCACCAGCAGCACCAACAGAAGGCAAUGAGCAUUGAAGGGCAGGACUCAAUAUUUGGUCAAGAGAACUCCGUUGCGACAGCUCAGAGCAGCAGCCAGGCUCAGCUUCCUGAGCCUGACAACAAGUUGGAUGACUCUAUAGACAACCAACAGCAGGACAUGGAUUUGGACGAGGGUCCCGAUGGUAUGGAGGAGGAGAUCUUUGAAGCAGAGGAAAAGAAGAUUGUAAGCACGCGCUCCAGAACACGCUCAAGGUCACGCUCCAGGUCUCCCAAGAGGAGAAGGUCCAGGUCCCGCUCUGGCUCGCGCAAACGGAAACACCGCAAGCGGUCACGCUCGCGCUCCAGAGACCGCAAGAGGAAGUCAUCACGGUCUUACUCGAGUGAAAGACGCGCCCGAGAGCGAGAAAAGGAGCGGCAAAAGAAAGGACUGCCUCCUAUACGAUCCAAAACUCUUAGUGUGUGUAGCACAACUCUGUGGGUGGGCCAGGUUGACAAAAAGGCCACUCAGCAAGACCUCACCAAUUUGUUCGAGGAGUUUGGCCAGAUUGAGUCAAUCAAUAUGAUCCCUCCCAGAGGCUGUGCUUACAUCUGUAUGGUCCACAGACAGGAUGCGUACCGCGCCCGCCAGAAACUCAGCACCGGCUCCUUUAAGAUUGGCUCCAAAAUCAUCAAGAUUGCAUGGGCUCUGAACAAGGGGGUAAAGCAAGAGUACAAGCAGUUUUGGGAUGUGGACCUGGGUGUCACUUAUAUCCCUUGGGAGAAAGUGAAGCUGGAUGACCUGGACGGCUUUGCUGAAGGAGGAAUCAUCGAUCAGGAGACUGUUAAUGAUGAGUGGGAAGCAGCCAAGACUGCUGAGCCAGCCAAAGAAGUUUCAAAUCAGCCAGUAAGCACUGAGACCACAGCAGCCUCCAACACCCAGACCGAAACCUUCAACCAGCAGGUCGCCAUGAUGCCUGUACAGCUGCCAGUGGCCCAGGCUGUUCCCAGUGCAGUUGGUAUGGUGCCUCCCACCUUCCCUGUCACCAUGGGUAUACCCCCACCAGGUUACGGUCCACCACCACCCUUCAUAAGGGCUGGUUUCAAUGCAUCACAGCCGCCGCCAGGUUUCAUGCAGGCAGCACAGACAGCAGGCCUGGCCGCAGCAACUACUUCUCUAGUGCAGGCGUCAGUGGCAACCAGCCAAGAAGCGGUAAAGGAAUCACCGUUCAGUGCUAUGAUUCCUCCAACCACUAUCCCUGGUAGCUUCAUGGCCUCAGCCAUCCCUGGAGCUGGUAUGUUCAACCCAGUGGGAGUCCAAACUCAGCAAGGCGCCAAUGACAAACCAACACAGUCAACAGAGGGUAUGGAUGCUGCUGCAGAGCUUACACUACAAGGCAUGCAGAAUGCAGUCCGCAGUGGGAUGGGUCUCCUUGGUAUGCACCCCACAGCAUCCCUCGCCCACCCGCUGCAUCAGUCUGGUCUGGCUGGACAGAGAAUGCCUGGCCUGCUGCCUCUGGAUGUGCGACCUAACCUCCUCCAACCUGGGGCAGCUGCCCGCUUCCCUCUCCUCAUGCAGCAGCAGGGCCCUGCCCAGGCAGCUGCAGGUCUCCUCGAAAGUAGUCUCCAGGCUCAAGUCCGUGCCAGGGCUCCCUUUCAGCUCGACCCCUUUGGCAGGGCACCCACCCUUGCCAAUGAAAAUGUAUCCAAGACAGAAGACGAGUCAUCCUCUGGGGCUGAUGAGGGCAAAGACCAGGACUACCGCUUCCCUCCAAUGGAAAAGCAGAGCACAGGCUUACUGAGGACCCCUCCACCAGAUCAUAGGGAGCCCCUUGGAAGUGGUGGCGGAGCAGGAGGUGGUGUAGGAGGCAGGCCUCCCCUGCUCCAGACACCAGGGACUCAGCCAGCCAGAACCAGCCUAGUAGGGCGUCUGCAGGCUCUUGCAGGCUUCACACCUGAUAACCGCUGGAACCAAACCAGAGGGGACUUUGAUGAACGAGACAGCAUGCGAGGAGGAUUACAGACCUCAGGCGCUCCAAAAGGCUUUCAGGAUGAGCGCCCCGCACCUGGGCAGAACUUCCCCACCCGCUUUGACAACCGUCCUGGGACAGCAGGAGGAGCAGCUGGAGUCUCAGGAAAUGCUGGAGCUGUUGCGGGGCCACCGGCCUGGAACCGUGGUACUGCUGCGGCAGCAGCGGCAGCAGCGGCAGCAGCAACAACACCUUUUGACGCUGAACUACAUCAAGACCUAGAUGAGCGAAGACGCCCAUGGGACAGACAAAGAGACAGAGAUGAAAGAGAUUUUGACUUCAGGAGGGAGAUGAAUGGUAACCGCCACAGCCGAGAGAGAGAGCGGGAGCGCGACAGGGAGAGAGAGAGAGACAGGGAGCGAGGCCGAGACCGAGACCGCACUAGAGAGCAUGACCGCGAAAGAGACCGCGACAAAGAGAGGGACCGUGAGAGGGACCGUGACCGUGGAAGUUGGACACCCCUUCUCCCCCUACCUACACCUCUGCUUCCAACCCCAACUCUUAAUCCCAACCUGACCCUGAACCAAGGAAAACUACUUGCACCACUCAAAUUGAACCCCCAGAUUCCACCACGUUUCCAGUCACCACUCCUGCCUCAGGCCCAAGCCAAGCCCUCUCUCCUGGGUCAGCCACCACCUCAGGUUCAGAUUAAGUCUCCGCCUCCAUCACAGAGUCAAUCGGCUGUGCCCGAGCCCCAGUCUGAAACCCCAGCUCCUUCUGAGACUCCUCAGGCACAGUCGCCACCCUCAACCCAGUCACCUGACCAAUCAUCUGACAGCAAGAGUGAGAGCCCACUGACUGAGGCUCCUGCAGAGGCCGAGUCAUCACCCCAGCCUGAGACCCCUCCACAAACAGAAUCGCCACCCCAGUCCAAAGCUCAGUCUCCCUCCAAAACAACUGCUUCUGCAGACAGUGAGACCACAAGCCAAGCCUCACCGCUAGUUGAGGCCUCGUCCCAGGACUCACCUGUGGCCUUCACACAAGCUGCCAGCCCAACUGAAGAGACGACUCCCUCUCUGGAGGAGCAGGAAAGCCCACAGAAGGAUGAGGAGGAGGAGGAGGAGGAGGACGAGGAUGAGGAGGACGAGGAGUCACAGGAGCAGGCCUCCUCUCCCGAACCACAGUGGGUCAAUGGACCUGGGAUGGACAAUAGCACUGUGGCUGAGCCCACUCCUGAGGCCUCCCCUGAGCCCUCCCCAGAGCCCUCCCCAGAGCCCUCUCCUGAGGCCUCCCCUCAGCUCUCUCCUGAGCCCUCCCCAGAGCCCUCUCCUGAGGCCUCCCCUCAGCCCUCUCCUGAGCUCUCUCCUGAACCCACUCCAGAACCCUCCUCUGAUUCUGUGCUCCCUGAAAGUGAACUGGAGCAGCAGGAGCAGCUUGCCUUUCCUAAGGACAUAGACAAUGAACAGAGUGAGCCCAUGGAGGAAGCUGCGAGUCAGCCAGUGGUAGACACUGUCACAGACACUGAGGGGACAUAAUCAUCACUCAGUAGGUAAAAGAUCAUUUUGUAAAGUUGUCUCUUCUUCUCUGUACUCAUGUCAGCAAACCACCUCCACCACCACACGGGACAUGACGAAUACUGACUCACACCAGUUAUUGUCUGAUAACCAAUAACAAAUGAUUUUAUCUCUCACAGAUACCAGUGUACUUAAAUAGAAGGCUCGUUAGCUGAUAUAUUGAUAGACAAUUUUCUUUGUGUUUUAUUUCCUUUUUCCUUUUUUAAGUUGUAAUGCCAACCCACCUAUUUUAAUUAAUCUAAGCUUGGCGAAUUUUAUUGAAUUGCCUACCAAAAUGUUUCAAUUGUAUAUGGGGAAAAUGAGCUUUGACCUUCCUAUGGAAGAGAGUAAGAUAUCCUGGCUGUUUGAUAACGGAUUAAUACAGUUACACACCAUACUUGAAAACCGCAGUUGCUGACCACAUUUCUGUCUCCUCUUCUUUUAAAAUGCUGCUGCAAAGUUUUCAGUGAAUGCUUCUGUGGUGUCCUUCAAUGCUUUCUGUUUCUCGGCAGAACAAAUAGACUGCAUACAGUGAGACCUGCUUAUAAUUGGGAAAAAUGAACAUUUUUAAAAUGGAAAACAUGAAAAUGUUGUGUCCCCAAAAUAAAUGUCUGUAAUUUGUUUCCAGUUAUACAGUGAAGACAAACAGAAAAUUACAUGCCAGGAGGGAGAAAAAAAGAACCGAACAGAGGGAUAUUCUGAUGUUGGGUACAUAUUGUUUUAGUUUGAAAUAAACAUGCUUUGUCUGUUUAAAACACAUGCUUUAGGACUGUUUUCUGACCCAGGACCAGUGGAAACUAAGACUGCUUUACUGACUCGUACACAUUCUGUGCUGUCACUUCAGUCGAUUUGAUGUUCUCGUAACUCAAGUUGCUGCUAUACCAUCCAUCCACAGAGCACUUUGUUGGAUGCAACCGUGGGACUUUUUAUCUACCGUGGGUAGUUUUUAGUUUCUGAUGACUUCAGCCUGUAUGUUCCCUAAGCUUUUUGCUGGGUGACUGUUGAGGAUGGGAUUGUGCCUUUUUUUGAAUGGAUUUGUCGUUCAUGAUGCUACCCAACACUACUGUGUGAUGUACACCAGACUGUGCGUGCAACUCGGUUUCUAACAGCUCUAUGAACACAAUGCUACGUGCACAGAAUUGACUGGCCUACCGUUUGAAUGGUAGCUGGGCAGUUGUACAGCACUCACCUAGAGGAGAACAAGUCUCUAUAUACUCCAUCGUUCUGUGCAUGCAGGCCUGUAGCCAUGUUUUAACCUUCCUGUCUCUCUUGUUCAUUUCAUACUUGUAGUGCUUUUUCUGUUGAGACAUACUACUAGAAAUCCAUAGUCUGCUGUUCUCUCAGACCAAAUGUCUACUACAGGAGUUGUGAUGUUGAAUAAAAGUUGAAGGUGCAUCAGA